UCGUCCACAGCCAGUCAGUGAAAAUCAAUGUUACCAGAUCAAAUCUGUAUCAGUGUCGACAUUAGAACUGGCAACUUGGUAAUGCGGACUUGUACGGCCUUCUGAUGUGCAGUGAAGCUUGAGUUUGGUAGAGGGUCGCCUGCAGUGCUGAAGCGAAGCCAGAGAAAACAAACCUAUAAACUUUGUAAGCAGCACUCUCGCACACGCGUGGGAACAUGUGAAGCAGCGAGUCAACUGUUUCGCAUUUUUAAUUCCGUUCAGUAAAAAGCCCUCGAAUCAACCACAACCAGAAAAAAAAAAAAUCGAAAAUGACGGCCUUCACCGCUCCCAGAGACAAGUAUAAUGCUGUCUGGAUCAUCUUUUUCAUCCUGGGACUUGGAACUCUACUGCCCUGGAACUUCUUUAUGACUGCAACCAUGUAUUUUGUGGAAAGGCUGGCGGAUCCAGUAGUGGAAGUCGGUAACGUUACGCUGAACGCCAGUCGUGCAGAAGGUGCCGGAGAUGAUGGCCGCAAUGUCCUGCAGGCCAAGUUCAGCAACGUGAUGACCCUAUGCGCCAUGGUGCCUCUUCUCAUAUUCACCUGCCUCAACUCCUUCAUCCACCAGAGGAUCCCUCAGAAGCUGCGUAUUUCCGGCUGCCUCUCGGUCAUCCUGGUGGUGUUCCUGAUGACCGCCGUCCUGGUCAAGGUGGACGUGUCCCCGGUGCCGUUCUUCACGCUCACCAUGAUCAAGAUCGUCUGUAUAAACUCCUUCGGCGCGGUGCUGCAGGGCAGUCUCUUCGGCCUGGCGGGAAUGCUUCCUGCCUCCUACACCACGCCCAUCAUGAGCGGCCAGGGCCUCGCCGGAACCUUCGCCGCAUUCUCCAUGAUCUGCGCCCUGGCCUCUGGCUCGGCCCUCAACGACAGUUCCUUUGGCUACUUCAUCACCGCCUGCGUUGUGAUCCUGUUGGCCAUCUUCUCCUACCUCGCCCUGCCCAAAAUGGAGUUUUUCCAGUACUACGCCGAGAGCAAUGGCCAUCAGCCUAUUAGUGACGAGGAGAACAAGAUGGAUCUGCUCAAGAAAGACGGCCCUGCAGAGAAAAGGCCUGUGGUCAGUCUGACCGACGAAGACGGCAAGCCAGCUGUGUCCGUGUUCGCCAUCUUUAAGCAGAUUUGGGUCAUGGCUUUGUCUGUGUGCUGCAUCUUUGCGGUCACCAUCGGCACGUUCCCUGCAGUUACUGUGGACGUAAAAACCUCAGUGGUGGAUGCUGGUGCUUGGGACAUGUAUUUCAUCCCCGUGUCCUGCUUCCUCCUCUUCAAUGUGAUGGACUGGGCCGGACGCAGCCUCACCGCUGUGUGUAUGUGGCCCGGGAAAGACAGCAUUCUGUUGCCCGUCCUGGUGUGUGCACGGGUCAUCUUCGUGCCUCUCUUCAUCCUGUGCAACGUGCAGCCCAGACACACCCUCCCCGUGGUGUUCGCUCACGACGCCUGGUACAUCAUCUUCAUGAUCUUCUUCGCCUUCAGCAAUGGCUACCUGGCCAGUCUCUGCAUGUGCUUCGGUCCAAAGAAAGUGGCCCAGCAUGAGGCGGAGACCGCUGGGGCCAUCAUGGCCUUCUUCCUGUCCCUGGGCCUGGCGCUGGGAGCCGCGCUGUCCUUUGGCUUCCGGGCCAUGAUCUGAGAGACUGACCGCACAGCAGGACGCCUGUUCUCAUGAGCCCCCUCCCCUGCUGAGGGCUCGGACUUUGAGUUGUCAGGGGUCG